AUGGAACUGCUAAACCGCACACUGAACAAGGCGACCGAAGCGUCAUCGCGUUACGGCUAUAAAAUACAUUACGCGCUGAAAUCGAACUUCGACCCGCGCAUCGUCGAAGCCGUGCGCCGCGCCGGCAUGGGCAUGGACUGCGUCAGCGGCAACGAGGUGCGGAUGGCCGUCGAAAACGGGUUUGCGGCAUCGGAGAUCGUAUUCGCCGGCGUCGGCAAAACCGACCGGGAGAUCGAAUACGCGCUCGGCCAGGAAAUCUUCUCGUUCAACUGCGAAUCGUUGCACGAAUUGCAAGUCAUCAACGAAAUCGCCGGACGAAUGGGCAAAAAGGCGCGAAUCGCGCUUCGGAUCAACCCCGAUGUCGAUCCGAAAACGCACCGCUACAUCACCACCGGCAAAGCGGAUAACAAAUUCGGCAUCUCGUACGACGAAAUCGACGCGGCGAUCGCUUCGCUCGAAAAACUCGCAAACCUCGAAAUCGUCGGGCUGCACUUCCACAUCGGCUCGCAGAUCCGCGAUAUGCAGGUGUUCGAAACGUUCAGCAAACGGGUAUUCGACAUCAAGGAGUGGUUCCGCGAAAAGGGCAUCGUUUUGAAACACCUCAACAUGGGCGGCGGACUCGGCAUCGACUACGACGACCCCGACCGGGAACCGAUGCCCGACUUCGAAACCUAUUUCGACAUCUUCCACCGCAACCUGAAAAUCGACGAAGGCCAGACCGUGCAUUUCGAACUGGGCCGCUCGCUGGUCGCGCAGUGCGGCGAAUUGAUUACGCGCGCGCUUUACAACAAAGAAACGUCGGCCGAUCUCCCGGACACUGACCCAGAUCGGACUCGAAGUCGAGGGAUUCGAAAAAGCGGAAUCGAUCCGCGGGGGACUCGCCGGACUGGUCGUCGGCGAAGUGCUGACCUGCGACAAACACCCGACGCCGACAAACUGCACGUAACGACGGUCGACCUCGGCGACGGGCAGCCGACCCAGAUCGUAUGCGGCGCGCCGAACGUAGCGGCCGGACAGAAAGUGGUCGUAGCGACGAUCAACGCCAUGCUGUAUCCGACCGGCGAAGAGAACGGCUUCAAGAUCAAAAAAAGUAAAAUCCGCGGCGUCGAAUCAUUCGGUAUGCUGUGCGCCGAAGACGAGAUCGGCGUGGGAACGAGCCACGAAGGAAUCAUCGUACUGCCGGCCGACGUGAAAGCGGGAACUCCGGCGAAAGAAUAUUUCCAAUUGGAAGACGAUUACCUGCUCGAAAUCGGCCUGACGCCGAACCGGGCCGACGCGAUGUCGCACUACGGCGUAGCGCGCGACCUGGCCGUCUACCUGAAGGCCAACGACAUCCCGCACGAACUGAUCCUGCCUGCGGUCGACGCCCGAUUCCGAAGCCGCGCCGCGUUACAUGGGCGUAACGAUGACCGGAAUCAAAUCGCGCCUUCGCCGGACUGGUUGCAACAACGCCUGCGAGCUAUCGGCAUUAACCCGAAAAACAACGUGGUCGACAUCACGAACUUCAUUUUACACGAAACCGGACAACCGUUGCACGCAUUCGACGCGGCGAAAAUCAAAGGAGACAAAAUCGUCGUGAGAACCUGCCCGGAAGGGACGCCGUUCGUUACGCUGGACGGUGUGGAACGCAAACUGUCGGCCGAAGACCUGAUGAUCUGCAACGCCGAAGGGCCGAUGUGUAUCGCCGGCGUGUUCGGCGGACUCGACUCGGGCGUAUCGGACUCGACGACCGAAGUAUUUAUCGAGAGCGCCUAUUUCAACCCUGUCUGGAUCCGCAAAACGGCCAAACGCCACGGACUGAGUACCGACGCGUCGUUCCGCUACGAACGCGGAAUCGACCCGGACAUGACGCCUUACGCGCUCAGGCGCGCCGCGCUGCUGAUCCGCGAACUGGCCGGAGGCGUCGUUACUUCGGCCGUAACCGACAUCUACCCGGUGCGGAUCGAGCCGUUCCGGUUCGAGGUGUCGUACGACCGGAUCGUCCGGCUGAUCGGCAAAGCGAUCCCGGAGACGACCGUCCGGAAAAUCAUCGACGCGCUCGGCGUGACGAUCGAAUCGGAACGCGACGGCGCAUGGCAGGUCUGCGUACCGCCUUACCGCGUCGACGUGCGGCGCGAGGCCGACCUCGUGGAAGACAUCCUGCGGAUUUACGGCUACGACAACGUAGAGAUCCCGAUGCACGUCAACUCGACGCUCUCCUACGCUCCGAAGCCGAACCGCGACAAGCUGAUCAACAUGCUCUCCGAUACGCUGAGCGCCAACGGAUUUUUAGAGAUUAUGAGUAAUUCGCUGACUAAAGCGGCCUAUUACGAAAACUUAUCGGCCUACAAAGCCGAAAAUUGCGUGCAGAUUCUCAACCCGCUCAGCAACGACCUGAGCGUAAUGCGUCAAACACUGUUGUUCAACGCAAUGGAGGCGAUCCAACUGAACGUCAACCGCCGCAACGGAGACCUGAAAAUCUACGAAUUCGGCAACUGCUACUCUUACGAUCCGGCAAAAGCCGAAGAGGGAGGGCUCGCGCCGUACAGCCAGCGGGCAAUGGUUUCGAUGGCCAUAACCGGCGCAGACCACGCGGCUUCGUGGAACGUUCAAUCGCAGCCGAGCACUUUUUACACGCUACGGAGCGCGGCUGAAAAAGUGCUGAAAAAAUUCGGUGUCGACCUGAACGACGCGACCACCGAACCGCUCGACAGCGACCUGUAUGCCGAAGCGGUCCGCUGCAAAUUCAACGGCAGACAACCGCUGCUCGAAAUGGGCGUCGUGUCGCGGAAGAUCCGCAACCUGUUCGACGUUAAAGCGGACGUUUAUUACCUCGAACUGAAUUUCGACGCGCUGGUCAAACUGACCCGAAACCAUACGGUCACGGAAAAAAUCUUGAUUCUCGAUUUCGGUUCACAGUACACGCAGCUGAUCGCACGCCGCGUGCGCGAGCUGAACGUCUAUUGCGAAAUCCAUCCGUACAACCACUUCCCUCAGCCGGACGAAUCGGUCAGAGGAGUGAUCCUCUCCGGAAGUCCUUAUUCGGUACGGGACGCCCAGGCGCCUCAGGCAGACCUGUCGGCGAUCAAGGGACGCUUUCCGAUGCUGGGCGUCUGCUACGGGGCCCAGUACCUGUCGCAACAAUUCGGCGGCGAGAUUCCGGAAAACUACCGCAUCAUCGCCAGCACGGACACCGUUCCGGUCGCCGCCUUCCAGAUCGAAGGCGAACAGACCUGGGGCAUCCAGUUUCACCCGGAAGUGUACCAUUCGACCGAAGGCAAACAACUGCUGAAACAUUUCGUCGUGGAUAUCUGCGGCUGCCGCCAACAGUGGACGCCCGACUCGUUCAUCGAAUCGACCGUCCGCGAACUGCGCGACAAGAUCAAAGGCGACAAGGUAUUGCUGGGACUCUCCGGCGGCGUCGAUUCGUCGGUGGCGGCCGAACUGCUGCACAAAGCGGUAGGCGAUCAGUUGGUCUGCAUCUUCGUCGAUAUGGGCCUGCUUCGCAAAGACGAAUUCGAAUCGGUGCUGAAAUCCUACGAGUCGAUGGGACUGAACGUAAUCGGCGUACGGGCCGGCGAUAAAUUCCUCGCCGACCUGGCCGGCGUGACCGACCCGGAAAAGAAACGGAAGAUUAUCGGCCGCGAUUUCAUCGAAGUAUUCGACGCCGAGGCGCAGAAACUGACCGACGUGAAGUGGCUCGCCCAGGGAACGAUCUAUCCCGACGUGAUCGAAUCGAUCUCGGUCAACGGCCCGUCGGCGACGAUCAAAUCGCACCACAACGUAGGGGGGCUGCCCGAAAAGAUGAACCUCAAAAUCGUCGAACCGCUGCGACUGCUGUUCAAGGACGAAGUACGCCGCGUGGGACGCCAGUUGAACGUUCCGGCGGAUAUCCUCGGGCGCCAUCCGUUCCCGGGGCCGGGACUCGGCAUCCGUAUCCUCGGCGAAGUGACGGCCGAGAAAGUCCGUAUCCUGCAAGAAGCCGAUAAAAUCUUUAUCGACGGACUGAAAGAGUCGGGACUGUACGAUCAGGUCUGGCAGGCGGGCGUGAUGCUGCUGCCGGUUCAGUCGGUCGGCGUGAUGGGCGACGAACGCACUUAUGAAAACUGCGUAGCGCUGCGCGCGGUCACCUCGACGGACGGCAUGACCGCCGACUGGGUACACCUGCCCUACGAUUUUCUCGCUAAAGUCUCGAACGACAUCAUCAACCGCGUAAAAGGAAUCAAUCGCGUCGUUUACGACAUCAGUUCGAAACCGCCCGCAACGAUCGAGUGGGAAUAG